AUGACCGAGGAAACGUGGCGAGAUAUAAUAAACAAAUUAGAAACUGAAAAAAAUCAACUCCAAUCCAAAAUUGAAGAAUUGGAGCAACAAUUAAUUAACCAACAAUUUAGUGGAGACGAGCAAAAACUUAAAGAAAACGAAUUAGAAAUUAUCCGCAAAUUACUGACUGAAAAAGAAAAUGAAUUAGCCAAAUUACGUGGCAAUCAGCCCACAAACCACCAACAAACAAAAAAUAAUGAUAACAAAAAUAAAAUUAUUAGGAAUUUCAAAAUGCAAAAAAAAGAAUUACAAAAAUUAGCCCAAAAGGUUCAAUUAGAAAUAAAAGAGGAGGAAUUACAAAAUUAUUUAGACGUUUUUAAGCAUUUAGAAAAAUUAUUGACCGACUUUCAAAAAGUUAAAAUAGAAAAGAAAACCAAGCCUCUGAAAAGAAUUAAUGUUGGCUCUUUAACAUUGCGAGAUUUAGAAAAAUUAAAAAAAGGUUUUUCCCAAUCCCGAAUUAGCCGACAGGACCAGAAAAAGAAUUCUCUAAUUACGGACGAUGGCUCGGUAUUGUUUAAGAAAUAG